AUGGCAAUUCGUAAAGUGGGAAUCAUCGGUGGCGGUCCAGCGGGCGUAGCUGCCGCAAAAGCUUUGAGCUUGGAACCAUCGAAAUUUGACGAAAUUCACUUGUUUGAAAAAAAGCCACAACUCGGCGGAUUGUGGAAUUAUAGUGAAGACUACAAGGCAGAAGUCAAAUAUGAAAUCAAUGGUAGUGGAAUUGAAGAGGAGCCCAUUCGUUCCAGCAGUCCAAUGUAUAGGCACUUGGAAACCAAUAUCACAAAGUGGACUAUGAAGUACAAAGAUUUCCCCAUGCCCGAAUUUUAUCCAACCUUUCCUUCUAGGGCUCAAAUCGCCAAGUAUAUUAGAGAUUAUUCGAAGACUAUCGUGGGUGUUACCAUUCAUUUGGGCUGUGGUAUCGAAAAGCUUGAAAAGAAUGGUACUGGAACUUGGACUCUUACUACCGAAGAUGGUACAAAAUUUGAUUUUGAUGCCGUGAUACUUGCAAGUGGUCAUUUCGAUAAACCGUAUAUCCCUCAAACCCCAGGAAUUCUCGCCUGGACCAAGGUCCAUCCGGGUGAAGUGACUCAUGCAAAGUACUACAACGACUCCACCUGUUUUCGUGAUAAAACAGUGUUGGUAGUUGGAGGCUCCGCUUCCGGUAUUGAUAUUGCUAUGCAAGCCACAACUCAAGCGAAAACUGUUCUUAACACUACUAGAGGUGAAUCUAAAUCGUUGGAUCCCGUCAUUUCCAUUCCAGAAGUUGUACACUAUGAUCCUGAGAACCGUCAAGUCACCUGCUUGGAUGGGCAAAAGUAUGGAGGAAUUGACUCAAUUGUCUUCUGUACGGGUUAUUUGUAUGAUUUUCCUUACUUGAAGACAUACAUAGACGAUUUGAUCACUACAGGCAAGUUUGUCAAGAAUUUGUACCGCCAUAUAUUCUACACCAAAGAUCCAACUUUGGCGUUUUUGACCAUCCCAAAAAAUGUGAUUCCUAUGCCGUUUUCUGAGUCACAGGCAGCUGUUGUUGCUCGGGUUUUUUCAGGCAGAAUGCAACUUCCUUCUAUUGAGGCUAUGGAAAGUACAUUGCCAGAGCCAAUGGAGGGCAUGCACAUUCUCACGUUUCCUAAGGAUGUAGAGUACUGCAAAGAAUUGCAAGCAUGGAUCGACGAUUCUGGAACUAAGGAAGGUUUUGAGGCGGAAGAAUGGACUGAAGAGAGAACUACGACAAGAGGACUUACGGCUACCAUUAAGGCCCGCAGACUUCUCGAUGUUCUGGCGCACGUGAAAGAACUUUGGAAGAAGAAAGUGCCGUAUCAGCUUCUAGAUUGUCGUUAUUCCACGUACAUAUAA